AAGCAGAAAUAACUGGUAUUUUCAACGAUCUGAUAAAUCAAUUGAAAAUUUUCUCUAAAUGACAAAAUGUCUCCUGUUUUUAUUUAUUUAUUUUUAUAAUUUUUUAUUUAUUUAUUUACUUUACUACUUAAAACAGCUAACAGGUUAACAGCAAUGCAUAUAAAGGUUUUCUAUUCCUGAAAUAUUGGUUUGGAAUUAUUAUCUGAGUGGGUUUGUCAAGUGAAGGAGAAGGCUGUGUAUUCAGCUAUGACUUUACAAAGCGAGAUUAGUUAUUCACUAUUGUUAUGGUAACAACAUUCAGACACGAUCGGUCUUACAUCUAUAUAUCAAAAUUUUGUCUUGAAAAUGUAAGGGUAUACACUUAAAUCACUUUAUAAUGGGUAACGAAACACUUCUUUGCAUUGCAGUCAAAUGUAUUUUUGCGUUCUUCCAGGAACUUUUAGGGUCGAUGUGUUACAAAGUGAUGGCACUUUCUUGCAUACAGUAUUUUAUCGGGUAAAUGUCUGAUACUCAUUUAUUUGAUCAUUUAUUCCAUACUUUAUUUUACGGAAGACGACUUCAUGAACAUGUAUCGAAGCUGGAAGGUAACGAAAUUUAUUCAAAACCAAUACGAUGAGCGAAUAAUUGAACACAGAAUGUUUCUAAGAUGAAUUAAAGCUGUUACUUCAAUCUCGUUUCCUUUUUUAUGGAAUCAGAGCAUGUCGUUGAUAGAAAGAGCAUGAAUUUUUAAGUGGUUAGUUUAAGAAUAUGAAAAAGUAAAAUUAAGCUCGUCACGAUCAUACUAUGAAUUAAUCUCGUUUUUUUCUUACUUUUAAGAUACCCAGUGGGCAAAACAAAUUCAACUCAACAUGUCAUCAGGGAAAGUAAGUUAACUUUUUUUUUUUCCAUUACUCGUUUUUGCCCUACUUGAUUGUUGCAUAUCAAACAGCAAUACCAAAAGGCAAUCUUAGAAAGCGCAUGUACCACGAAAACAGUGCUAUGGAAUUUGGGUGUUUAUUUAAACAACAAAAAGUGCUUCUCGUUGAAAGAAUGAAGUUGACAUCAAUAUAGCACAGAGCUGGAACACCAAUUAGCGUGGCGAUAAGGGAAAUCGUUCCACAUGUCAAGCUAUACCCAUAAACCGUCACAAAUUCUCGACACUUCCCCAAUUUAUUAUAGUUUAACGCAUUGAAGUUCUUUCUUAGUGUAAAACUAUGAAAGACUAGCUGACCGCCUCAAUUCCCAAUGCGAUAUAGGGCUGUUGUUUGAUUACUUAUUCUGAAAAAAAAGAAAAAAAACCUUUCGUUUAUUUCAGUUGUCCACGUAUUAUCAUAUCCCACUCCUAUCCAAACGGUUGGGAGAGUAGCAGCUGCACAGGGAUUGAAAAGGGAUAUCUCAUCGCACCGAGCGACUACUGGGGUAAGUAA